AUGGCGGCCCAGUGGGCUCGCCAGACGGUGCAGAAGCUGCAGGCGCGCCUGGCCACCCACGCCCACGACCCUCGCGAGCUCCGCCAGUGCUUGGAGAGGCUCUCCGUCUUGCCCAUGACAGGGGACAUCCUGGCCGACACCGGCGUCCGAAAGACGGUGAGGGGCUUGCGCAAACACCAGCUCGUGGGCAGCUUGGCCAAGGAGCUGGCCGCCCGUUGGAAGAUCCUGGCUCUGCUGGAUCGCGAGGCGCGGCCUGAGCACCGGGUCGCUCCUGGCGAGCGCCCCGCAGAUGCUCUUCCUGGGCGGCGGCAGCACGGGGAAACGGACGCGCAGCGGGAGCUCGGGCCCCCUGGCAAGCGAGCUCCCAGUCCCGAGGGCGCGACAGAGCACGGGAGGAAGCGCCCCAGAGAGGCACCAGCUCCUUCCUCAGACUUCCUCAGGCUUCAGGCCCCUCGGGGGGGCUCCGCGGGGCCCCCUCAGGUGGCCCGGCACCCGUCCACAUCCCCGCGGGAGCCCGGACCCGCUGCUCCAGCGGACAUCUCUGCAGUAGGCGGAACCCAGGCCUCCCACGAAGGGCCCGGGCUCCGGCCACGCCCAAGCACCGAGAAAGAAUUCCAGGAGCCCGCCUCGUCUUUUCAGGCCUGCCUACACUAUGAGGAGCCCCCGAAGAAAAAGAAGGCGCCUGGCAAAACUUCUGCCACUUCUACACUGGCAGAGACACAGCCGACAAGAGGUGCCUCCCAAAGCGGCCCCCGAGACUCCGACUUGCUGGGGAAAUUACCUAAGGUGAAGGGACACGAGGAGCCCCAGAAGCCGCAGCCGGCCGAAGCCGAUGCGGCCAAGCUGGAGAAGGUGUCCAGCGCGGCCGCGGCGAUGCCGCCGCCGGCACUCCCCUUCCCCGGGGCGCAGGCCAGCUGCAGUCCCCUUCCCGCCCUCCACGCCAGCUCCCCCUUCCACGCACUGGGAGCGGCAGCGCCGUCUUGGCUCCACGAAGGGGAAGAGGAAGACCAAGACGGAGAGGAAGAUCGAGCGGCAGAGGCAGAGGAAGGACCCGAGCAAGGGGCCGCAUUUACUGGGGGCAGAGUGUAUUCCAAGAUGCCCGUGUAUUCUGGCUCCAAGCGGGGCUCCUUCCGCCGCCGCCGCGCCGCCGCCGCAGCCAGCAGGACAUGCGGGAAGAGACAGGGCUCCUGGAAUGCUCCUCGGAAGGAGCGGGAACCCCCGACUGCCUUCCCGAGCCCGCCUGGGAGACCUACAGACCGCUUGUGGAGAAGGCGUUGCAGCAAAGACUUUAAGGGGGAAACGCCGCGGGAGCGAGAGUCCUGGCGCGAGAUGUACCUGCGGCUUCGCGAGGCCCGAGAGCGGCGACUCCAGGCAGUGGCCGCCAGGAUCCAAUCUGCACAGGCCAAGAAGGCCCACGGCCGACAGACACAGAUGAUCCUCUUCAAUCCUCUGGCCCAGCCACCUGACCAGAUUGCCGGGUGGCAGCAGAAGUCGCCAGGGGCAACAGCCCCAUCCCGCACAGGCAGCAGCUUCAGCGGUGCCAGCAGCGCCAGCGGGAAUCCAGGUGCUCAGAGACCAGCCUGUGCCUCUGGGAGCGCCGCAAGGGCUCCCGCUCCCGCUCCCUCCGUGCUGGCGGCCAACACCAGGAAAGCUACAGCCAAGAAAGCUGCCCCGCUCAUGGCCAAGACGCUUAGAGAUUACAAGCACUGCAAGAGCAGAUCCUACCGGCCAUGA